ACUUCCCCUUUUCAAACCUAGGAAUUGAAAGCGAAACAAUAAUCGGAAAAUUAUGUUAUAAGUUCUGGCUCCUAAUGUCUUCCCACUUUUAGUGCCAAAGAAAAAAAAUGAAAAAGGCUGAAAUAUCUAAAAAGCAAAAUUUGGAUCUGGCGAAUAAUCAUUGCGAAUUAAAUGUUAAUGGAAUCGGUUUAAAUUCGUCGUCAGCUGCAAGCGCCAUUUUUCCUCGAUUAGUAAAUAACGAAGGCGAUCCUGAUCAUUUAACUCCUCGAGGUGUCAGAAAAAUAGAAUAUCAAAGAAGUGGUACAUUUUCCCGAGAACCUGAACUUGUAAAAUCUGAUAUAAACAAUAGCGAUAGGUCUAAUAAUGGAUGCAUAUUGAUGUCCAUUUCUAAUUGUGAUCAUCUUAACGGGAAGAAUGCAGUGUUUUCGGUUGAUGAAAAGGUGAAAGUUAUUUCGGACACUACCAUGCCUGAGACGAAAAAACCGGAAGUGAUUUUGAAAAUCGUAGAAGAAAUUCCGCUUUCGUCGGUUUCGCCUCCUAAACAACACGUUCUUUUAUCAUCUUCCGCUCCGACAAAUCCAGACGCUAAUGUAUCGUCUCUUUCAAAUGUAGCAUUGAAAGUCAUUCCGUCAUUGGUAGAGGCACAGCCGAUAGAUCAAUGUACAUAUUCUGGUUUAAAAGAUAAGACUAUUCGCUUAUCAUCGUCUGCUCAACCCCAGAGACCAAAUUUUAUAUUUUCAAGGUCUCCUUCCGGUGUCACUCAAAAAUAUUUUAAUGACAACUCAUUUUCCGCUCAACGCCUCGGGAAAAAACGUGUUUCAUUAACAUCUGCUCCCAUUCCGAAAUCUGAACCGUCUGCUCCGAGGAACGCGAAUAUUCAAUUAUCUACUACCUCAAAUGUCGCGCCUAAAAUAGAAACGGGUACAUCUGUAUCGUCACGUUUUACUAGACCGGAAAUAAGGGUACAAUCCCCUAAGGUAACUCGAAGGAUAAAAAAUGGCAAUGAGAAGCAAGCGAGAAUGUAUCCUCGUCAUAAUGGAUGGACCAUGCCCCCUCAUCCUUUUCAAUUGAUCGCCGCGUUUUUUUUGACCUAUUUCGGUAUCGUCAUAUAUGGGACUCUGUGUUCUUCCUUUCCCAAUCCUUGGAACAUUCUUCUUUAUACGGUUUUGACUGUUUUAUACGUCGUCAUUUUGGCCUCCAUGUUCUGGGCCAUGACGAAGGACCCUGUCGAUCACAGCGUUCGAGAGGAAAUCAGCCUAACGGAAAGUUCGGACAACAGCCAUAAUAACAGUAGACAGAAUGGAUCUGGCAGACAUCUAGAUCCUACAACAAAUCAAAUCGAUCGGAGAUUUAAAAAAGGCACUACCCUCAGUCCUCUCACAAACAACAGCUCGACUUCUAAUGGGAACAUCGCUAAAUUAGGAGUCGCCAACUCGAAUGAAUCAAAUAGUUCAAAUUCAAAAAGGGAUAACGCAAUCGUUCGCGACAAAAGAUCCCAAGCGAGGCUAAGUCGAAGAUUAUUCCACAAAAUGGCGGCAGUUUUGGGGAUCGAACCCGACAAGAAAAAGAAGAUAAAAGUUCCUAGGAUGGUUCCGACCUUAGAUAGAAAUUUGUAUCCGCACGCCAUUACCAAAAGCCCCGUAAGGCAGAUGACUAACCACCUGACACCCACUAGAACCAAUCACAUGCCUUUGUUCCAAGUUCCCGCCACGUCCAAUCACGUAGCAUCACCUUGGAUGGAGACCACCAACGCCGCUAAUAAGACAGUAGGAGAAAACGGCUCGGCCUAUUAUUGCCAUCUAUGUGAGGUAUUCGUGAGCCCGAGCUCCAAACAUUGUCGUCAAUGCAACAAAUGCAUAGUAGGGUUCGACCACCAUUGUCGAUGGUUGAAUAACUGCGUUGGCCGCAGAAAUUAUACUCCGUUCGCGAUAUGCAUUUUAUCAUCCUUGAUAGCUGCAUUCUUGAUAUUCUGCGCGUCUAUGACUCUGGUGAGUCUUUAUAUCUACGUGAAUUAUCACAAUAUGCACCAGAGUGAAAUGGAUACGAUGAUUAACCAAAUAAAUGUAAGCGAGGACGGAAGAGUAAAAAUUAAAAAUCCUGUGCUGGAAGACUGCCUGACACUAUUCGGAAGAGGGUUCCUGUUCGAGAAGCUAUCGAAAGUGGAUAACAAUGGCAGGAAUGAGAACGAUUAUAAUGUGAGCACCAGUGCCAGCCGAAUUGGGCGUGGUUUCAGGAGAAUGUUGUUCCAUUCACUAAAUGCCACUAGUGAUAAAGGACCAAGUAAUAUAUCGGGAUACAGCGGCCAAAGGGAUCACGAUACAUAUGACGAUGAAGGGAAGAAUGGGGCAAAUGGUUUGACAUACAUUCUACGCAAAAUUGAUGAUAAAAUAUUCCGAAUCGACCGUUUUCAUAACUAUGAUAGCAAUAUAAGUAGGGGGAGUUUCUCCAGUAGUAUCAGCGACAUUUCAGUAAGAAGAAGGGUUCUAGAGAAUGACGUUUCAACUCCAGUUAUAACGCAGAAACCGACUCUUCAAAAUACCAAAAUUUUCAAGAGGGAUAAUCAAGAUAUGGCCAUUCCGAUGAGAAACAUCACUUUACCGAAUAAUGCCAGUCCCAAACUGACACGUGUCUUAACUUCCAGCUUCCUGAACUUUUACUUGGACGGCAACCGUUAUAUCGAAAAAUGCGAACCCUACCUAACGUCAAAAUCACGUGUCCUCAAUAACUACGAAGAUAGUAGUCACAGUUUCAUGAGUACCGAAAGAAUCAAAAAUAUUGGAUUACACGCAUCGCCACCUAAAUUUUCCAAAUUUUUCACCCAUCCAAUGGGUGUCCGGGGUUGGAUCGGUUUGAUCGUUAUAACGCUUUUGUUUUCGCUGAUUGCUACCCUAAUAUUGGGCCACUUAGCCUCGUUUCAUGUCUACAUAAAAAUUAAAGGUAUCACUACUUACGAUUACAUCAAGCGGAAAGAAAGAGAACGCUCGGACCAGAAUGACGGGAAUAAUAUUGGAUCUUAUAACAAUUACGAUAACGUUGCCCAAAUGCGAGUGAAUAACGGCCCAUAUACGGCGACGCGGAAUGACAAACAUGUUCAUUCUGGUAUUAACAUACUGCAAGAUAUCGCGAACCUGAAGAAUGAUCCGAACGAAGCAAAAGCAGGUGCGGGAAAAUUUAAGAAUCAACAUUCGAUAGGCAAUGAAAAUAGCGGUCAAACUCAGGGCGAUACAGAUACUUAUAAAAAAGUAACCGAAACGGUUGACGUGGAAAGGAAAGUAGGUGACUCUAAGAACGAGAACCCAUUAGAUAAAUCUUUCAAGAAUGAUGAUAAUGAUAUCGUUCCUUCGCGAGGAGAUACAUCGCAAUCGAAAAAUCUGGUAGAGAUUGGUAAAAAUGAUAAUGAUGCUAAUGCCUAUGGAAGGUUGGAUUCUAAAUUAAUUGUGACCAGUGAUGAUUACUCUAAAGUAAGGAGAAAAUCUGAACCCCAGGAUUCUUAUUUCUACUUCUUCGACGAAAAUCCUUUGAUGAAAGAACUGCAGGAAAAGAAAGUGAAAGGCACUGGAGGGAUGGAAGGAAUGAUCGAAGAUGAGGUAUCUGUCGGGAAACCUGGGUCGAGGAAGGCUAGUUAUUACUUCUACGAAGAGAAUCCCCUCAUGAAGGAAUUAGACGUCAAAAAAGCGGAAAAGGAAAUGAGAUUGAAGCGAGAAGCAUCGUUAAAAGAAAAAUCGAGUAGUGCUGACCAAAAAAUUAUCAUCAAAAGUUCUCCCGUGAGAGAUGGGCUCUUUAGGUUAGCUAAGCCAAGUAUCAAAAUCAAAACUGCCAGAAAAAAGAGGGCUACCAAAUUUUUCGAGAAAGAGAGUCAAAAUAGUGCUAGCGCUAAAACAGGGAUUUCGGGAAACGGUAAGGACACUGCGCGAUGGACCGAAAAGGUAUACGAUCUGAGUAAUUUGCCCGAAAACUUUGCGUCCUAUUACUUUUUCGACGGAAGCCCCCUCAUGCAAGAGCUGGAAGAACACAACCAAAGGCUGGACCCAACUAGCGCGCAAUCAUCGAUCCGAAGUUCUAACAAUGGCAAGAGUAAAGCAAAGGCUCUAACAGCUACGAAUGAUAAAAUCGUAUGCGAGAAAGAGGACCCUAGGGAGAAGGAACACGAUUACUAUUUUUUUGACAAUAGCCCGCUGAUGAAAGAGCUGCAAGUCAUCAAUAAAAUUAAAAGUAAUGAAAGAUCGAGGAAUUCCUCAGUCACGAACGUUAACGAAAUGCCUGUUAUCGUUAAAAAAGGUUGGCAAAACAUAACUUCCUUUUCCGAUAUGCCCAAUAUAGAUGGCGUUAAAGGCAACGCUAUGACCGCCGGAGCUUUAAAGAACAAAGACUCAACCGAAGAGAAAGUUAAACAUGACAUAGUGAAUGGCAGCGACAAUGUCCCCAAACAGCAAGAGUCGAUCCCUGAAUAUUUUGGGGAGAGUUACUUUUUCGAAGGCGGCAAGCGGGAAAGCUACGAUUUAUCCGGAUUACCUAUAAGCUCUUUAAUCGCACUCCACGGUGAUCGCGCAAAUGGAUUACCCAUUUCCGAGAAUUCUAAAUCGCCCCUUCCUCUUGCUCCACCUCUAACGAACGAGAAUCAAAUCCCUUCCGAGAAUAGAGGGGAAAUAGAGUCACGAGGCGAUGAAGUUACAGACAAUUACCAACAAGUACAAAAUAAUAUAACGUCAUUGAAAGAAUUAGCCAAUGUCGAACAUGGUUCCGCGAAGCUUGAAGACGAACUUCGUGAGGGUUUUCUAGAACGCCCAAGAUCGCCCGCGUCCACGGUGAACGGAAAAAAAUAUUCGUGGCCCCGAUUGCUAGAUCAUCAUGCCAAUUUUAAUUUUAACAAUAAUAACAGUAACUUAAAUGGCCAGCACCCACAGCAUCUGAGGCCAGAUUUGUUCGUUGAUAAACAUUACGCCGACAGAAGAAUAUCCCCCUAUUCCAUUGUCUGGGGCAUGUUGCGAGCCAAACGAAAAUUCGCGAAACGAAUGAAUGAUAAAGUUGAGCCGAUUGGCAAAGAUGAUAAUCGUGACGCGAUUGAUAGUAACGAUAACGUGAAGAGGACCACCAUAUACACCUUGCCAAGUUAUAGCGUGUUAAGUAAUUCGAAAAUUUUUCCGGCCAAUGUCUGAUAGCCAUUUAAAGUUUGCCAUUGACGUAAUAUAAAGUGGACAGGGUCUAAAUAUAUACAAUUAAAGCUAAGAAUAUCAAUUAUUCAGCAAAUAUGAUCUCGAAGGCUUAUAAAAAAAUCAA